AUGCCGGACAGCACGUUGGUCGGCUCGAUCGCUCACGCCUCGCAGGAGAAUCAAUUGUCACUCGCUAGCCUCAACUUCGAUUUCUCUUUGGUCAAGUUGGAAGCUCCGGCCGAGUACCAGGCUCUCGGGGCUUCCUUAUCGCCAUUGCGUCGAAAGGCAGCCGAGCAAGGCCAUAGCCAUGUGACAGCUCGAAAGCUGGGGGCGUUGUUCCAGCAGCUUCUGCCGAGUACGCCGAAACUUCUAAAGGCCUAUGGUUCACGAGCGUCAGAAAUCGCUAGAGAUCCCCGAUUGGAGGCAAAUCCCGCGUAUCUUGAUGGCGUCUUUCCAGAACAUGCCGGCGUUGAUGGUACAAGCAUCUGGGCGGCUGCGACGUCCGGACAGGGUGCUAUCGAAAUGCAUCUGCUUGCCUGUAUGCUUGCGAGAAUGUGGUCGAGUUCAGAGGCUACCUCGAUAUGGGUGGAGCUGGUGGAGGGGAGGAAAGAUGAUAUCUCACGCUGUGAUCCAUCUGAGCCACUACACUUGUCCACCAUGACUGCGGCGCAGGUCCACAUCACGAGGGAUCAACUGGCUGAAUGGGACAACAGCGCACGGUCGUGGCUUCGGACUGCGGAUGAAGCCAAUCAGUCGAAGCAAAAACAGCUUAUGCUAAUCCUCAGAAAUCUAUCCCUGCCUAUAAGCGCAGAGCGAAGCACGUACCGCAGCGUUUUAGACACAUGGCUGAGUGCCUUGUCGAUGAUGGAAAGGGUCCUUUGCGGGACGGCACAGCGUGUUGAGACUGGAGCCAUACUCCUUGGCCUCUCUAGCUGGCACUUGUAUCCGGACCUGAACGACCCGCUGGUCUCCAAGAGUGGUGUUGUCACGGUUGGUAUAGAGACGUCUCCCGCGCAGCAGGCCACAGGACCUUACUGGUCUUUGCCUCUCGCCCAUCUCAAACAUUACGGUUCUCCUGAAUGUGUCCAGCGCACACUUUCGGACGAUAGUGAACGUUUGACUUUCGACGAAUAUCUUGCAGUGGCUCUGGGGUCUUUUCUCACGAAUUGGGACGAUCCAGCUCAGAAUAUACAAGAGUACUCCGAGGUCAUCAUCACUUUUGUGGAAUAUCUUCGCAACUGUCCGUUGCCGAUGCCCACCACUGGAAUACUCGACAUCGCAAUGCUGACGGAGCAGAAGAGGAGCAAGAGCGUCGUCGACAACUCAUAG